CCGUCAGCGGAGAAGGGGCUAGCGCUCGGCAGCACGUGUUCCUGCUUCCAGAAACCUGGAUAAUGUUAUAUGGUUACUAAAAAGGAGAUUGGUGCCUUGGAGGCUGUACUCUCUUCUCGAUGUAACUGUGGAAUCUUUAAAAGAUGCUUCAAAGAAGAUGAAAAAUGGGCUUAUGUUUAUAAAAUUGGCAAACCCAUGUUCAGAUUUGUCUUAACAGGGGAAGGAGCCUUGUACUUGUUCAACAUGUGUCUGCAGCAGCUGUUUGAAAUAAAAGUUUUCAAGGAAAAACACCAUUCUUGGUUUAUAAAUCAAUCAGUUCAAUCAGGAGGUCUUCUCCAUUUUGCCACACCCAUGGACCCCCUAUUUCUGCUCCUCCACUACCUCAUAAAGGCUGGUAAAGAGGGAAAGUUUCAGCCCCUAGAUCAAGUUGUGGUGGAUGACGCAUUUCCAAAUUGCAUCUUAUUGCUGAAACUUCCGGAACUUGAGAAGUUACUUUGGCAUGUGACAGAGGAAAAAGAAAUAGACAAGAAGAAAUAUUAUAAGUAUAGCAAAGAGAAGACAUUAAAGUGGCUGGAAAAAAAGGUUAAUCAAACGAUAGCAGCUUUAAAGACCAAUAAAGUAAAUGUCGGUGCCCGGGUACAGUCAACUGCAGUUUUCUCUGGUGACCAGGUUUCCAGUGACAAAGAAGAGGAUUACAUUCGCUAUGCCCAUGGUCUGAUAUCUGAAUACAUUCCUAAAGAAUUAAGCGAUGCCUUAUCUAAAUACUUAAAGCUUCCAGAACCCUCACCUUCAUUGCCAAACCCUCCAUCAAAGAAAAUAAAGUUAUCAGAUGAGCCCGUAGAAGCAAAAGAAGAUUAUACUAAGUUUAACACUAAAGAUUUGAAGACUGGAAAGAUGGCAGCACCAAGACAGAAAAGGAAAAAGUGACUGCACCUCCUGCAAGCCUUGGCUGCUUCCUGCACUUCAGAUAUUCCCAAAGGGCUAAGACUUUUUCUUCUGCACUUUCUAGAAAACAACCAAGUGCCAUGAACGCUUUAUUUCUUUAAUUAAUUUGUAAGCAACAGCAUUGCCUCUGGAGCUUUCAGCAAGGCAGUUCUGUCCUGGAACUUGAAAUCGCCAGAGUGUGAAUCUAUUGAUAAUCUGAGGAAUUCAAGACACAUCACCCUGUCUUGGCCCGUCCUUCCAUGAAAAUGUGGAUCUUUUCAGUGUAGCACUUCAGAUUUCAAAAUGUUGAAUGGAGAAGGCUCACUAUAAAAAUCAGGUCAUUUCUGAAGCCUGACCAUGUUGCCCUGUUCUGCUAGGGUUGAGCCAGCUGUUUUAGACGGUAUGUCGUAACUUAAACGCUUGAUCUCACAUGAAAAGCUUUGGGGAACCAAACAUUCAACCCUUACUUUAAAUACUUACAAAAACCCUGACUGUUCUUGACUCCUUAUCAAUCUGGCAGCUUCUAACUCAUAAUGAUACCUAAAACAUGUGUAUUUUAUGAUCUCUUGGAGUUAUAAACAAUGCUUGAUUUAUAAGAUAUUUGUCCAGUAU